UCCUAUGUUGAAUACGGAAAUCCAAUUGGAAAAUCUUUUUUGUUUAAAAUAGUGCCUAUACUUUUACUUUAAGUUGGCCUCAUCCUCAUCAGGUCAGGUCACCUGUCGAUUGGAUCCUGAAAAAUAGACGUAGGUACCUAAUAAUGUGGUACCUUCAGUACCCUCUUUUUAGGGUUCCGUAGUCAACUAGGAACCCUUAUAAUUUCCUGUAUAUACAAGUUUUUUUUUGAAAAACUAUUUUCGAUUUUACCCAAGUUUGUGCGAUAUCGUUGGAUAGGUCUUUUUAUACGAAUAAGAGUGUCCAACAAUAAUUUUUUGAUAAAGUGGAAUUUUUUCGGAAAUAAUCGCUCCGAAAGAAAAAAACUGUGUAACCGAAGACUCGGGUUUGCUUACUUCCAACAUGAUUUUUAUACCGAAACCUGCUGGAACCGACUGAACCUUCGGCUGAAACAUUAAUUUUUAUACCGAAACCGAAACUUAGAUCGGAUAUGACAUAUUACGUCUCGCCUCUCCUCAUCUGUAACACCCUUAAGUCCGAAGGUAUAACUGUGACACCCUCUUUUGUCUAGCGCGUUAGUCUAUUGUUAUCACUACCUGGGGGGGUCUAGCACGGGCGACAGUUCACCCCUAAUGGAUCCUUUAUAUAGCUGUCAAUCAUUGGCUGUAUAUAAGCAAGGUGGGCUUCUUGACCCGUCUCAGUAGACACGAGGAUUUGGUGGGAUUAAGAUAAAAUGGUAUCCAAAGCUUGUGUCUUCAUACUCGUCUGUCUAGGCCUAUUGGUUGCGAUCCAGUCCUGGCUCCCGAGGGUAUCAGCAAAACAGUCAGACCUGGACGCGUACAUGGUCGACGCUCGCACCGACCUCCUCGACUACCCGGUCGACUACGGCCCGGAGCCGGACCGCCCGGCGCCGCUGCCGGAGUUCAUAGUCGACUACGCCAAUAUGAUCAGGAACGAUAUAAUCCUGUUGGAUAACUCGGUCGAGACUAGGACGAGGAAGAGGGGGAACAUAAAAGUUAAAAAACACUCUAAUCAUGCGAUUUCAAAUGUUCCAUGUAACUGUGAGCGUAGCUACGCGUCAGACAAUUACCAAGACCACUACGUGAACCUGAGCGACGAGCUCGGCAUGGCGCUGUGGUACCCGCAGAAGGUGCGCAACCUCACCUGCGAUGAGAGCCGGUGCACCAAGCCGUAUCGGUGCCAAAAAAUUAUAUAUAACUUGACAGUGCUAAAAGGCAGCAACAACAAAGAGGAGCGCGAGCGCGCAGGCCAGCUGUACGCCGACCUGCCCAACGAGCUGAAGUACAAGUGGGUGCCGCGGCUGGUGCCCGUCGUCGCGGGCUGUCUCUGCACCAGCAGCUACCUCGCAGACUGAUUAUACGGGAUUUGUGACGUAAAAUACUCGAAUGCUCAAUAAAAUGUACAGUUUGACAGACGGA